AUGGAGCUCGAAAAGGAAUUAGUGCGCGUAUUACGUCCUCUAACUCUUGGGUCUGUGCCAGAGAGUGCAAUCUCGUUACUAUUUGAUACUGGUGGUACUGCUGCAGUGCGUGAAGAAUGGGCUGAGAGUGUCACACGUCGUCAACUACGUGCAAUAGAUAAAGUAUUUACAAAGUAUCUGCGGCAUCAGGGAGCAGAUGAACAAGUAGCACAUUUCUGGCGCUAUUUUGCAUCCCAAGAAGCAAUUAACAGUAUAAUUGAACCACAAGAAGGGGACGAAAAUAGUGAAGCCGUCUAUCGCUCGCUCUUUACUCUUCUUCAAGCUGUUGUGAAUGUACGCGAAGUUUACGCCAAUCUCACGGACGUUGAAAAGCGCUGUGCAUUACUAAAAGCAUUAGUGGCUAGUAAAGUGUAUUUAACAUGGUUACAGUUUCCAGGUGGAUCAGCGUACGGUCUGUUUAUGGCCUACGUGUAUCGUCAGGUGUUAGAUAUACUUAAGAAGUGGGUUAUUCUUUUAGCAAAUAAAGACUCAGGACAAGGUGGUAUCAAGAAGAAACAAUCACGACGUAAUCGACGACGAUGUACUUCUAGGAAAUCGAAAAGUAGUGAUGAAGACAGUGAAUUGGAUAGUCACGAAUUGUAUCAACUUAUUACAAAUUACGGAUUUGAAUUAAUGGACAUGAUGAUACAAUUUCUCGGGAAUUUUUCACUCUCAGCUAGUAUUGAAUCGAUUGUACCAACAAUUGAAGCAAUUAUUGCUGUCCAGACUUCGGUAUUACCUGAAAAUGAAGCCAUUGCGUCAAUGAUUACAAUGAAAUCACUGCAAAUAUUAGAAGCACUUGUUAACGAAAGACAUGGUGAACCAUUACAAAUUGGACGAGUGAUUCUGCAUUGUUAUAUUCCUGGUGUGACGUUCCAAGAGACAAUAGCAAAAGAGAAUCGAGUUUCAUUACGUUUUCAUAAGCUUGCCAUGGAUGUGAUGAUGAAAAUUCAGCAUAUUGUUGCCAAACGUUAUGAAGGAGAUGAUGUGGAUGGCACAAGUGAACGGGAGAACUCAUUGAUGCUAUUAGGAUUGAUACAAAACAUUUGUCUACAGGCACCAGGUCUGGCUGAUGAACGGCAACGGGUUUUAUCAUUUGUAGUAUCAAUGGUGUUAGCAGGACGACACGAUUGUGAACUAACAGAAAAUGUACGACCAAACGCGUUUCGAGAUGAAGAGUGUGUACGACUCAUGCGUUUUCUCACAAGUUAUUCUCGCAAUUCUAAGCUCAAAUACCGACAAUUUGCAGUAGAAUUAUUGAGUCGCUUUGUGAUGGAGAAAAGACUUUGGGCUGUGAAUACAAGUGACCUUUCGGAAGCGUUGAUUCCGUACGCUGGAGUUGGUCCACUCCUUGAAGUUCUUAUCGAUCGCGCUUGUGAUAAAAUGUCUCAAGUUCGUACGAAAGCAAUUGGAGGCAUCUCAGCGAUGCUGACUCUCGGUUUAUCAAACUUAGCUCCUAGUGAAGACACAGACGAAGAUGAGGCUAUGAAUGGAUCCAUCACAAACUCUCUAUCAAAACUGCUGUACGAGUCAUCAAUUGAUGAGAAUGGAGUUAAAAAAUACGAGAAAAGUCAAUUGAUGCAGCGUCUUGUCGACCUCUUUCGAGAGCGAAUACUGGACGAAAAAACAUUUGUACGAAAAGCAGCAGUGCAUGCACUUGAAGCUCUGAUAACGGCACAUUCAGGGGACAAAGUCCAUACAUCGUCGAAAAAAGAUCUUUUCGACAUUCAUGCGCGCUGCACUGACUCGUCGGUUAUUGUUCGUGUACAGUCGAUCAAGUCUUUGUCAGCAAUUGUGCUCAAGUUCCCGCGAGAUGAAGAUGCUCAGAAGCUUUGGAAUCUUGGCGUACUUCCAUUGUGCGUAGAUCCAGAGACGAGUGUUCAGUCUUGCGCUUUAGAUGCGGCAGAAAAAGUCGUCUUUGAUCGAGUACUCGCUUGGUACGACGCACGUCGAAAUGAGUCACUUCGUGAGACGCUCGACUGUGUUUGGUUGCAAGUGUCCCAUCUUGAUGGUGUAAUGGCUCGAUGUUUACAAAAGGCGUUGCAAAUGCUGACCAAAAAUGAAAAGAUUGACGUUGAAAAGGUCAUUUCAGCGUGUGUUGUUGCCAUCCAACAGAGCAUAAGUGCGUACAAUGAAGACGACGACAAAGUGCCAGAAGAGACGGAAGACGAUGCUACGCGUCGUCUUCUAACGCGUUAUUGGGGGUUCAGCUGGAUUGUUUUAGAAGAGUUAGCACAUUCUGGUCAUUUAAUUGAGACUGUGAUAGGAAAGGAGCAGAAUCUUCGCAUUGUCGUUGAGUGCUGGAAUAAAUUACAAGAUCAAGCACUGCCGAUGGAAUUUAACGAUGGAUCAAAGCGUAUUCUACGAGUGAUCGCUGCAAUUUCUACUGUUAUUGACGCACAGGACGCCAAAUCGAUUGCUGACGGUAUCUUAGCGUCAUUGCAUUCAUUUGCAAUUCCAUUAAAUGUCAUUUCUGACGGUAUUCUCGCUCUUUACAGCAUUUGCAAAGCCAAAGCGCCAUCUCCGGAAAAGAGUCGUGAGAUUUGUUUUGCGUGGGGAAUGAAGCUAUUGGAAUUGUGCGAAGUGAAUUUGCGCAAGUGCUUUGAAAGCAGUAGUGACAGUAUGGAAGAAGAAACAGUUCUGCUGCAAAAGCAAUUGAUUACGAUUGGUGAAGUGGCACUACUUGAGUUUGACAAAAAUGCUGACAAGAGUCAUGAAGCAGCAUUGUUGCCCGUCAGUUCAUCUCUUCAAUCGCUCGUAAAACUUUUCUUGCCGCCAAAGUUCGUGUCUAAUGGCAUCGCUAUGUCACAAACUAAUUCAUCUGUUGACGGAGAAGAGACACGCUCAUUUAUUGCAGAACCAGUUGUGUUGCCCACUCCUGUCCGUGUGUGUGCUUUUGUAACAUUAGGCAAGCUAUGCUUACGUGACAGUGACUUAGCCAAACAGUGUAUGACUGUAUUUAUUCGUGAAUUACGAACGUGCGAAGAGCAAGACAUUCGAUCAAAUAUUCUGUUGAUACUAGGUGAUCUCUGUAUUCGGUACACGUCACUUGUCGAUGCUUAUGUUUCGACCAUUGCUUUGUCACUGCUGGAUGAAAGUCGUUUAUUACGUCGCAAUACACUGCUUCUAUUCUCUCAAUUAAUUUUACAAGACUUUAUCAAGUGGCGUGAGUCAUUACUGCGUUUCUUUCUGCGUGCAGCCAUUGAUGAAGAUGAGGAAUUGGCAAACUUGGCGCGUCAUGUGCUUUGUGGUCCACUCUUGCAGAAAUCUCCGCACAUUUUCACUAACAAAUUCAUUGAAAUGAUCUUUGUUUUAAAUGGCAUUCAAGGUAAUAAGAUUAAGUUUAUAGAGCCAUUUGAAGAGCAAGGAACACUUGAGCUUGCGUUACUGGGUGAAGCAUUGUACCCACGACGAGCAAAGCUGUACAGUUUCUUAUUAGAGCACAUGUCGGACGAACAGAAACUACAAAUUUCCAUGAAACUCUGCAAUGAAGUUCUUGAAGAAGUGAUGGAAGGCACAUUACCACUGUGUGAGAAUCCGUCGCAGAUUACUGAUCGUAGCAUAGAGGCUGUGUUGAAGGAUGUAUUUGCUAUUCUGUGCUCUCCAGAGAUUAAACUUACAUCAUCUAAAGAUGAAGACGAGGAAGGCGAAGGAGAAGAUGCGGUUGCAGGCGUCGCCAAUGUAGCGACUCAACUUGCUGCUGCUAAGGGGAAAUUGCUGUCGAAACUUUCAAAAAAGAACUUUCUUGAAAACGUUGUCCCGGUGCUCAUUGGUCUCAAACACACAUUGGAAGCAAAACACAGUCCAUUAACGCGCUACUUGCUUCACUAUAUUCGUGAGUUAUUCAAAAUGUACCGUCAAGAAGUGAAGGAUAUUUUCAUGACAACCGAUCCACAAAUGGCCAUGGAAGUCGAGUACGAUUUGCGACAGCUUGACUUGCAACAGCAAUCACGUCGUACGAUAUGUGCUUCUGAUGAUGUUGAGACUGCUAUGGAGUCACCACAGCGUGCUGAUAAAUCGUCCAACGUACCUCAGGAAGAGAUGCUUGAAGCAAGUCACGCACCGCUGCGUUUACGCAAGAAUGAGAAGAAAGCGACGCGUCAAAAUGAAAAAAAUACUCAGCCUUCAUCAAAUGACGAACCUUUGAUCUUUUCUCCUAGCCAAGGCUACUCGAAUCGUGAAAACUGGCAUAUGACUGCCAAAUCACCUUCAGUGGAUAAGCUUUCAAGCCGCAGUUCGAAUCAAUUUACCCAAAAAGAGCUUGAAGAUCAGAUGCAAAAGGACUUAACAGCUACAUUCGAAUCGACGAGUGAUGUUGAAGAAUGUGUGCCUUCAACUGUCAAUACAUCUCGACGGAGAGCAAAAGCAAAGGCUAAAGCCAAAGCAAAAGCGAAAAAGAGAAAAGUAAUAGAACAAGUACAACAAGUGGAGAACAGUGUGGAAGAAGAGAGUGCAUUGCUUCCACUAAACAAGUUAAAAAAGCGUUCAAAAACUAAACACAAGCAUCAUGUUGCUGCAAGUUCUCGAUCGAAACGGAAGCGUAAGUAG